UACUGGGGGCUGUUUUUAAUAUUUUUCAUGCAUCCAGACUUGACGUGAAAAAUAUUUGAGGCCAAAACUACCUCGUCUUUAAAAUUGCAUAAUUUUCUAUGAAGCCCUUGUAUCGGAUCAGUACUUAUAUUUUGCAACGUGACAGCAGCAGAAAGCAAGCAGAUCCCACUCAUAGUGCUUUUGCGCAUGUAUGAUUCAUACUUUGUUGCGUGUGUGAGGUAUCUCUCAACGGAAGUUAAUAGUUUGUGACAUCACCGCCUCCUCCCCGUGUCUUUGUCUGGCGUUUCUCCUGACCACGCCCCCUCACCAGCGCCAACAUAAAGGCGUGGACUGUGCGUGUCCUCAGCAUAAUUCCCAGUUUAUGCACUGUGGACAACAGGUGCACUCCUGUGGAUGAUGCUACUCGCGUCCACUCUGAAGCAGCACUUUUUGCACAUUCUUUUGUUACAUUUUACAUACUGAAGAAAAUGCCUUUCCCGCCGAUCAGCCUCCAUCAGAAGAUCUCCUCUCCUGGAAGGGAGUUUUUCGGGAAAAAGAAAGCCAGUGGAGUGCCCCCCGUCAGUGGGGACAAGAGAGAAACUGUGAAGGAAAAGCAGACCUCAUCUUGGACCUCAGCGAAUUUAAGGAAUUUGGGGCGCAGGGCACAGCAGGAUAAGACUAAGUCCCCCUCACAGAGUGGUGGCCAGGAGGUGCAAGAAAAAUGCUCCUGGCAGCCCACCACCAAAGCUCAAGUCUCAACAGCGGGAAUAAGGCGCUCAUCCUCCGUGGACUCCGGCAGACUCCUUGCAGGCAAUGAUGACGGGAAGAAGGAGAUUCGGUUCACGCUCAGCCUCACUCCGGAAGCCAUCCUGGUCAUCCAGAAGCGAAACCUGGAGAAACAGAUGCUGGCGAAGCAGCAGAAAUGCUGCGCAUCUGCAGACUUUCGGCACAGGCGCGUCUUUCCUUCAAAAAAAACGCACGGUAGUUCCAAGGGCGCGCAGGUGUCUAAAGUGGAAGAGGCGGAGCAUCAGGACAUCACAGCCAUCGUUAAAAUCUCUCUUUUGAACGACCAGUAUAAGUAUGACGAUGUGGAGUACGAGGAGGAGGACGGAGACGUGGACGAGACUGUAGUGAGGAAGUGUAAAGAGUGGCUCAAGGGCGUCGAAAGUGCCGCAGCUUUGGGGAAAGUCGACAAACUUAGUUCACUACCGCACCUUAAAGGCUGCUGACAGCUGGACUCAAGCCAUCAGUGACUCAUCCUCAUAAAUGUGCACUGACCUGCUGCAGUGCAAUGCUCAAGUCAUUGAUUUCCUGGAAUGAAACCAGAGGAAUGUUUGUAGCCUACUUGUGGUGGAAUACUUUCCUGGAUGAUUUGAAAGACUUUAAUCUCUGUGCCUUUUGAAUCAUUUAUUGGAAGUUUCAAUUCAGUGACUUUUGCACAUGACAUGUUUUUAUUUUCAGUCAGGUGACUUUACGUAAAAUAACCCCAACAAUUGGGUUUUAUGCUGCUGAAACAAAAAUGUUUUCCUCCCUUCUAUCCUGUACAGUAUUUAAUACUAAAUAUUUGUACUGGCCACUGUCAUUUUGAUGCCAUUUGAAGUAAAACAUUUUCUACUGUCCACACACAGCUUUUUACCAACUUGAUUGUGCCUCUGGAUGUCCCAUGGUGCUGUAUUUUACGGCUUUCCAGUGAAAUGUCACAUCAGCCUAAAGUGCACUACGACCUUUACAGGUGAACUGACUUUGACCUUCGCUAAACUUGAAUGCACAGCCGACUGUUCACUGUUUCAGAACGUUUUGCAUAGAUUGCUACUCACUACCAAGGAGCUGAACAAAACAAAAUUGGUAUUUAAACAAUCCUCAAAUGGGAUGUUCUCAUGUGAAAAUGGUCACUGAGCUAAGAGUUUUAUCGGGAGGUUGCAACAGAGACUGGAAGAGCUCAGCAAUCAGUUCAGAAAGUACAGAAACAUUAAACACUUGAACAUGUACAUAUGUUCACAGAAGGCCAGGUUAAGUUCACCAGGACUUCGUCCGUCCUGAAAUUUGUGAGUGUGAGUAGUGUUUGUUACACUUUGGUAGCAUAUCAAAGGCACUUUGUUGCCAAUGUAGCUGCUACCUUGGGCCAUGUGGGCAUUAGUUUACAAACUAAGCCUCUUAGAUUUCCUGUUAAGCAGUGUUGACCAGUGUACUGUCUGGGCCAGGUGCCUGAUCGCCAUCAGAAAAUUGCCUCCAGACUUUUUGUAUUAAGGAAAUGCUGCACCUCACUUCCAGAGAGCAUCUGCAACAUUUCAAUUUUCUUUACAGUGUGUACAAUAAUCAAUAGGUAUGCAAAAGUACUCCUUGUUCAAACCUAAGAUAAACAAAUUCAUGCAACUUUGACAUAUUUGAACUGACAACAAAGAUUGUUAUGUGCAGAAGCCUCUUUGGUAAGAAAAUUAUGUCUAAUCUUAAGACAUAUUCACUUUGAAGUGUCAAAAACGUGUAUUUUAACCUUCAUGUAUUUGUCCGCGUCACCAAGUAACCCGGGGUAUAUAACUUGAAUGUACCACAAUGAGUCACAAUAUGUGUGUGUUUGUGUGCAACCAAUGGUAGGCGUCAUUAUUGUGGUUAUAUUUGUGACUGAAAUGUUCAGCUUUCCAAAAAAUGUUUGUUGUUGUUCUAGCAGUACAUGAGUAUUUAAUGACUGAAAUGUUGUCAGGACAAAACAGCAUUAUCUUUUCAGCCUCCCACUCACACAGAAACGGUGUUCUGGCUGCCCUGAAAUUGUAUUUUUUGAAAAUGGCCUGCAGAGUGGGAACAUCUGCAAAUGAUAGCUCUUUGUUUCCAUAUAGACCAGCAAUCUGCUGUGGUUUUAAAACGAUGACAUCAGUGUCAUGUGACCAGAAGGGAGCUUUGAUGACAAACCAAAAUAAUAUCUUAAUAUUGUGUAUUAUAUUUAAGUCUAGACUUGGAAAUCGGCUUCUGAUUCUAUAGUAUGGUGUACUAGACACAUAGGUGUGGCUUGGGUAUUACAAUGUUUUCAUUCUAAUGUUUUCACUAAUCUGGGACAGUGUGGACACAUACACUAUUGUCAAAAGAACCUUCAGUUGAGUUGAUUAAUAGUAAACCGGAAUGUUGGGUUUAUUUAUCUAAUAGGUAGAUGGUAACAUGCAUGUCAGUGACUCAGUGGAUGAAACCUCACCAAAAUGUAAUGGGAUCCAACUUGGUCAAUACAAGUAUAAUGGAAAUUGGUUAUUUUUUGUAGGACUGCAACUGUCCUGGGCUGCAUGGCGAUCGAGUUGUUAGCGCGCAGGCCUCACAGCUAGGAGACCUGAGUUCAAUUUCACCCUCGGUCAUCUCUGUGUGGAGUUUGCAUGUUCUCCCCGUGCAUUCGUGGGUUUUCUCCGGGGACUCCGUCUUCCUCCCACAUUCCAAAAACAUGCUAGGUUAAUUGCCGACUCCAAAUUGUCCAUAGGUAUGAAUGUGAGUGUGAAUGAUUGUUUGUCUAUACGUAUGUGCCCUGUGAUUGGCUGGCGACCAGUCCAGGGUGGACCCCGCCUCUCGCCCGAAGACAGCUGGAAUAGGCUCCAACACCCCCGUGACCCUCGUGAGGAUAAGCGGUAGAGAAUGAAUGAAAAUUUACUGUUUCAUUAUGUCAGAAACAGUAAGGACUGUGUGUAAGGUAGCUCUUCCAGUAGUGCUGAACAAACAGGCUGUUAGAUUUAAUGUCAUGUGUUGAAAUGACAUCACAGACACACAAAGUGGAUUUAUUGUAGCAUGCAUGCAGACUGACAUCAUGGCAUCACAGUUGUACCAAGAACUUGGGCCCCCUAUGGGUCUACUGAUAUUAUCAUCUGACUGCAGAAGUUGUGUAACCCUUCUCUAUUGUGCUGAUGUUUAUAGGCCUUUCCUCACAACACUGGUAUUCAUUGCUGUCCGCUGGGGGUUUGACGCUGUGCUAUUCACUGUGCUAUAGAGGGUUGACAAAGGCAUCAUAACACUCAUAUACAUUGAAUCAAUACAUUAGCAUCUUAGUUCUUUGUUUUACCAAGGCAUUGGGUUCAUAAAGGCAUGAGAGAACCAUGACCUCAAGCCCAUCAAACACAUUUGGGAUGAAUUGGGAACACCCAGACAUAUUGUAGAAAGUCUUACUUUUAUAGAAGUAUGGAUGCUGUUAUAGCUCCAAUUCUUUCAUUUUCACUUCUAGUAGGUGCAAUACCAAUACUUACCAUUGCUGAAUUCCCUCACAUUUCUUUUCCGGGUGCACUUUUUGGGUCAGGAAUUGCAUGCAUUGUCAAGAUCUAUCAGUCUGCUGCAGUACUCCAUAGGACAGCCGUAUUGUUCCUCAACUGAUGGAUAGUGUCAGUGUAAGCGUAGAUAGAUAUCGCCUCCGGCACCUCGCUGACACACAGCAGACAGUGCGCUACUAUUACUGUGGCAACGGUACUGAUAAAUCCUGGGCCUGAAACAGCUCCUGUGGGUAGAACAAAACAGAACCCUCCUCAAUGGGGACAAGCUGUAAAACUCGAACUAACCUGUUGAGGGACUCCACGAGUUCAAAAAGAAGAGAUUAAAAUACAUUUUUAAAGUCUUGUGCAUUCUUUAUUUGAGAGACACUGAAUGCUAAAUGUGUUGGACAUGGCAAGAACACAAUGUCAGGUUGGCACGUGGGUGUGUGAUUGGUAGAUGAAUAUUACAAAGCUGGGAAUCAUGUCUUUAAUUUUUGGACAGGCUGAUUGUUUCCCCAGACAUUGUCGACAGGCAGAUUUCAGAAGAGCGGAAUCCUGGAGGAGGAAGGCACAUCAAUCCAUGAUCAGGCAUUGCAUCAAGCUCAGCUGGAGAAGCACCAUCUUGAGGCCUACCGGAGCAUGCACCAUCUCAGGGAUGCUGAUUUCCUCGCACAAGAGGUCCAUUCACAGAUAUUGGCUCGGCAGCCAUCAGAAAAGCACACAAUGCCACAAGAAAGUUACAAAAGAAGUAUCUUUAUAAUUUGUGACACAUAUAGCAGCUAUAAUAGUUGUCGACAAAAUGUAUGAAAUGCUGCCUUUAAUUUGAGUUUAUAUGAUUUGAAUGGGGCGGCACGGCGGU